AUGUCGCUGCGCCGGCCAUCUGCCCCCAUGGCGCCCGCCUUUAUGGUGUCCGCGCCGGGCAAGGUGAUUGUCUUUGGAGAACAUUCAGUUGUCUAUGGCAGGGCUGCCAUCGCUGCUGCCAUUUCUCUACGAUCCUAUCUCCAUGUCACGACGCUGUCGAAAUCUAAACAUACCGUUUCGCUUCGCUUCCCCGACAUCGACCUAACUCAUACUUGGGAUAUUGAUAAUCUCCCUUGGGCGGCUUUCCACCACCCAGACAAGAAAAAGUCAUACUACUCCUUGGUCACGGAGCUUGACACCGAUUUACUGGCCGCUCUGCAGCCACACAUUGACGAGGUCUCCCCGGACCGAUCAGAAGAGAUUCGAAAAGUUCACCGAAGCUCUGCCACCGCAUUCCUCUACCUCUUCCUUUCUCUGGGAUCACCACGCUUCCCAGGAUCCCUCUAUACUCUACGAUCUACAAUUCCUAUUUCGGCUGGUCUUGGCAGUAGUGCUUCUAUCUCUGUCUGCCUAGCCGCGUCUCUUCUCCUCCAGCUACGGACACUCUCUGGUCCUCAUCCUGACCAGCCUUCCGACGAGGCUCGCAUCCAGAUCGAGCGCAUCAACCGUUGGGCCUUUGUGUCAGAGAUGUGCAUUCACGGAAACCCUUCAGGAGUCGACAACACCGUAGCCUCCCAGGGCAAGGCUGUAGUAUUCCAGCGAACAGACUACAGCAAGCCUCCUUCAGUUCGCCCACUGUGGAACUUUCCCGAGCUGCCUCUGCUCCUCGUGGAUACAAAGCAGGCCAAAUCUACGGCGCACGAAGUAGCCAAGGUUGGAAAGCUGAACAAGACACAUCCUAAGCUUGUUGGCACAAUUCUAGAUGCUAUGCACAACGUCACUGACGCAGCUUCCGAACUCAUCGAAGAUAAGAGCUUCGAUGCUAAGGAUGGAGAGAGCCUAAGAAAGGUUGGCGAGUUGAUGACAAUCAAUCACGGUCUUUUGAACUCGCUAGGUGUGUCUCACCCUAGGUUGGAGAGGGUGCGUGAAUUGGUCGAUCAUGAGGGAAUCGGAUGGACCAAACUCACCGGUGCUGGAGGCGGCGGCUGUUCUAUCACACUGCUGAAACCAGAUGUAUCCAAGGAGAAACUUGAUACGCUGGACACCCGGUUUGAAGCCGAAGGUUAUCAGAAGUUUAGCACUACCCUUGGCGGUGAUGGUGUGGGUGUCCUAUGGCCGGCUGUCCUGAAGAACGGCCUCGACGAAGAUGAAGAAGGUGGCAUGGAGAUUGAUGUGGAUUUGUUCCUUAACGCUCAAGGAACCGAGGGCGUUGAACAGCUUGUCGGCGUCCACGGCGACGGCGGCGAGAGAGAAGGAUGGAAAUUUUGGCGUGUAGAGAGCGAGUAG